GGGUGGAGCCUGUUCCGCCAGUCUGCAACGAACGCCAGUACAGCAAACCGGGCACAGAUAACAACAGUCGAUCGUGUGGAGCUGGCCCGUAAUGGAGACGAUAAUUAGUGUUAUCCUACUGCUUCUGUCCGUAGCCGGAUUAAACGGUAGUCCACCGAAAAAAGAAUGCCUGGUUCAAGGACCAAUAACGCUGCCCGAUGGAAAGAAUAUUACCGGAUCGAGGAAUGUGGGCGGAUGCACAUGCAAGGAAGUGUUUGACCAAGAGUUUAAUCCUAACGUGCAAGACGAUGUGGGCGUCACGUGUAACAAGGACGGCUCCUGGAGUCUGAAGCAAGAUCGUUGGCAGUUCGCCUACUGCGUGGACAAGCAGGGCAACCAGGUCAGCGAGGUGGUCGUUCAGGAGCACUGGAGUCUCCAGUGCGAUCCGGUUCCGCGUAUGCCGGCAACAGUACCGCCCCUGCGUCCCCGGAAGCCGACUUCCCGCCGUCCAUCCGCUGGCGCGGCCUCGCAUAGCUGAAAGCCGUGCAGAAACAGAAACAUUAACCCAAUUCAUGCAUAUGCUUUCUGCUAUCAAUGUUGAUUCAAUAGCAUCAGUCGUUGUGGCUUCUCUUAUCACCGAGAGUCCGAGACCAGAAUUAAUGGGAAAGCAGAAUAAUCAUAUGAAGUUUUAAAGCAAUCCGUUAUUCUUGCGUUGAGUGUUUGGUAAGCUCUUUUGCUAGAUACUUGUGUUAGCCCAUACAGUAUACUUGUGUUAUACGAUUAAAUGAUAGAAGAUAAUUCCAAGGGG